CUUGUCAUGUGACCACAUGGAACAAAGUCACAUGCCUGUGUCCUACAGUUUCCUUGUGUCUGUCAACAUGGCUCUUCAAACGUGCGGGUUAUCUGUUCUGGGUAAAGUAACCGUGGUUCUCCUGCUUCCGCUCUUUGCUGGUGGAGAAGGACAAUAUCGAGGCUUCAGGAGGUUUAAUCGAGCGGAGGACACCGAGCAGCAGAGUGCUGCGUUUGAGGAGCAGUGGUUCAUUCAGAAACUUGAUCACUUCAAUGGUGCAGACAGCAGAGAGUGGAAGCAGAGGUACUUUGUCAAUGAAAACUUCUACAAGCCUGGUGGGCCAGUGUUUCUGAUGAUAGGUGGAGAGGGACCAGCCAAUCCGGCAUGGAUGCAGUCUGGAACCUGGCUCACCUACGCCGCGAAACACGGGGCACUUUGUCUGAUGUUGGAACAUCGCUUCUAUGGAAAGAGUCACCCGACAGCGGACCUCAGCACAGACAACCUGCGCUUCCUCAGCAGUCGUCAGGCUCUAGCUGACCUGGCUCACUUCCGCACCGCGAUAGCCGAGACCCAGGGCCUGACCAACAGGAAGUGGGUGGCGUUCGGCGGGUCGUACCCGGGUUCUCUCGCUGCUUGGUUCAGGCUGAAGUACUCGCACUUGGUCCACGCCUCCGUGGCCACGAGUGCACCUGUUCAUGCCACCGUCAACUUCCCAGAGUACUUGGAGGUGGUGUGGCGCUCGCUGGCCUCAGAGAACACGGAGUGCCCCCUUCUGGUGAAAAAGGCUUCCGAUACCCUUGUGGCACGCCUGAGCGAUCCCAAGACCUACGACAACAUCACCAAAGACUUCAACUUGUGCUCCAAACUGCAGAUCCAGACCGAGGCGGACUCUGCCUACUUCCUGGAAACGCUGGCUGGCAAUUUCAUGGAUGUGGUCCAGUACAAUGAAGACAACAGGGGGUUCGAGGGCGUGACGGGCACUAACAUCACCAUCAAGGUGCUGUGUGGUUUGAUGGGUGACGCCUCACUGGGGGAGCCGUAUGCCCGCUAUGCUGCAGUGGCGCGCCUCAUGAUGGCCACCUUCUCUCUGAAGUGCCUGGAUGCCAGCUUCAAUACUUACCUCAGGGACAUGAAGAACACGUCCUGGGAGGGGCCGGCUGCAGGGGGAGGGAGACAGUGGGUCUACCAAACCUGCACUGAAUUUGGAUUCUACCAGAGCACUGAUUCACCCAAUCAACCAUUCACUGGCUUCCCUCUUAAGUAUCACGUGAAACAGUGUGCAGACUUCUACAAUGUAAGUGCUGAGCAGGUGGCGGAGGCCGUGGCUCAGACCAACGAGUAUUAUGGCGCCUAUGACAUCCGCUCCAGCAGAAUAGUUUUCCCCAACGGCUCCAUUGACCCCUGGCACGCCUUGGGAAUCACACAGGACAUCAACCCUGACCUCCCUGCUGUUUUCAUUGAAGGAACAGCCCACUGUGCCAACAUGUAUCCUGCCAGGAGCGAGGAUCUCCUCCAGCUGGAUCUGGCCCGUACCCACAUCUCCUUACUCCUCCAGCAGUGGCUGAAGCAGUGAACGGCAGCUGGAAAAGGCCAGUCAGUGGCUUCACAAAAAAAAGAAAACCAAUUCUUCCUUUCUCCAGACCAUCGACAUUGGAAUGAGACUGUGUAUUAUACUGCUGCAUUAGUGACUGCUUAAGAGAGCACUUUACACAAGUAUAAGUCGCUACAAAGUUCAGGUAUUUUUAAAUGAGUGACACAAAUUUGAGCGAAUGAAUAAAGUUGUUUUUAUGA